ACCCGGGGCUGCUGGCCCCCAAGUGCCGGCUGCCACCAUGAACAGUGAGGAGCAGUACUAUGCGGCCACACAGCUCUACAAGGACCCGUGCGCAUUCCAGAGGGGCCCGGUGCCAGAGUUCAGCGCUAAUCCCCCUGCGUGCCUGUACAUGGGCCGCCAGCCCCCACCUCCGCCGCCACCCCAGUUUGCAGGCUCGCUGGGAACACUGGAGCAAGGAAGUCCCCCGGACAUCUCCCCAUACGAAGUGCCCCCGCUCGCCGACGACCCGGCUGGCGCGCACCUCCACCGCCACCUCCCUGCUCAGCUCGGGCUCGCCCAUACGCCUCCCGGAUCUUUCCCGAAUGGAGCCGAGCCUGUGGGCCUGGAAGAGCCCAGCCGCGUUCAGCUCCCUUUCCCGUGGAUGAAAUCCACCAAAGCUCACGCGUGGAAAGGCCAGUGGGCAGGGGGUGCAUACGCAGGGGAACCCGAGGAGAACAAGAGGACCCGUACUGCCUACACGCGGGCGCAGCUCCUGGAGCUGGAGAAGGAAUUCUUAUUUAACAAAUACAUCUCCCGGCCUCGCCGGGUAGAGCUGGCAGUGAUGUUGAACUUGACUGAGAGACACAUCAAGAUCUGGUUCCAAAAUCGUCGCAUGAAGUGGAAGAAAGAGGAAGAUAAGAAACGUAGUAGUAUCGGGACCCCGAGCGGGGGCGGUGGGGGUGAAGAGCCCGAGCAGGAUUGUGCGGUGACCUCGGGUGAGGAGUUGCUGGCAGUGCCACCGCCGCCGCCACCUCCCGGAGGUGCGGUGCCCCCAGGCAUCCCCGCUGCGGCUGCUGGGGAGGGCCGUCUGCCUUCUGGCCUUAGCAGGUCCCCACAGCCCUCCAGCAUCGCGCCACUGCGACCGCAGGAACUUCGGUGAGGACAGCAGGCUGAGGGUGAGCGGGUCGGGGACCCGGAGUGUGGACGUGGGCGCGCGGGCAGCCGGAUAAGGAAGGGGAUCAUGAGGCUUAACCUAGACGCCACACAAGGAGAACAUUCUUGAGGGUACAACAGCCAGUUGGCUAUAGCCGGAAAGAUGCUGGCAGACCUCUGGAAAAACAGACCUGAGCUUCUGAAAACUUUGAGGCUGCUUCUGGUGCCAUGUGAACGGCCAGGUCUGCCUCUAGGACUCUUUUCCUGGGACCAAUUUAGAGAACCUGGGCUCCAAACUGAGAACAAUAAAAAGGGUACAAACUCGAGCGAGCGUUCCCAUAAUGUCAGACAGGUGAGCUAGACUGGGUACCUUUGUCUGCCCAGAAACAGAACGGCCGAGCAAUCUAAGGUUAAGAAUAAUGAAAGGGAGUUAUUUGAGGUUUCAAAGCGAAUGCGUCCCUCCCUCCUCUUUUCCCUCCCUCACCCCCUUUUCCUUACUCUCCUUUCCUAGAUUCCUUCCCCCUCUUUAGCCAAAUAUUUCAUUAAUGUCCAUCCUUCAGCCUAUACCGUUUCCUUCGAAAGUCAGAAAUUCUUCACACCUGGACUUCCCUGCGCCCCUAAUGGGACCUCCAAGGUCCUGGGGGACAAAGGUGCGAAAGGACAUUUGAAGUUUCUGUUUAGAGUACGAAAUCUUUCCUGAAGCAAGCCAGGGGCCCUGGUACACAUUGGGAAACUAUUCACAAAGCCCGGAUGUGAUUUCCAUGUUGUGAUUAGAAGAUGGGAGGGAGGGGUGGAAGGAAGAAACUGGUUGUUUUCAUUUAAAGCGGUAAACUAACCAUUGUUUACUAACAAGUCUGCUAUUUCAAAGUCAUUCAGUCGCUCCUUUUAAGGUUUGAGCCUUAUCUUUAGGCUGUUUGUGGAAAAUGCUUAAUAAAUACAAAUAGCAAGAGAGGGAUUGAGGGCAACCCGGUUUUAUUUCAAACCUUCCUAGAGGGCAA